GCCACGGGGAUCGACCGAUGCGUUAGAGAUGGCUGCCUUGCACAAUCGAAGCAUUUAGAAUUGCCCAUAAAUAUGCGAAGACGUAGUUGAAGACGCAUCACCAGAGAGAGAGAGAGAGGGAGGGGCGUGGCAAUGGCAAAUGAGGCAGUAGCACCGUUGGAGAUAUGCGUGAAAGGAGCAACAGGCCAACCCGACGUCUUGGGAGACUGUCCUUUCUGCCAUAGGGUUACGCUUACGCUGGAAGAGAAGGGCGUCCCCUACAGCUUGAAACUGGUGGAUCUCUCCAACAAGCCAGAUUGGUUUUUGCAGAUCAGCCCGGAAGGCAAGGUGCCGGUUCUGAAGGUGGAUGAUAAAUGGGUGCCGGACUCUGACGUGAUCACCCAGAUUCUCGAGGAGAAGUUCCCGGAUCCGCCGCUUGCGCCUCCACCGGAGGUCGCCUCUGUAGGGUCUAAGUUAUUCAUCUCUUUUAUCAAGUUUUUGAAGAGUAAAGACCCGAACGAUGGCACAGAGCAGGCGCUUUUGGACGAACUUCGGGCACUGAAUGAGCAUCUCAAGGAGCAUGGACCUUAUGUGAAUGGUGAAAAAGUUUGUGCUGUUGACUUGAGUCUUGGACCUAAGCUUUACCAUUUGGAAAUUGCUCUUGGGCACUACAAGAACUGGAGUAUCCCUGAGGAAUUUACCUAUGUCCAUAAUUAUCUCAAGCUUUUCUUCUCCCGCGAGUCAUUCGUGAAGACAAAGGCUGCAAAAGAGCAUGUCGUGGCUGGAUGGGCUUCAAAGGUUAAUUCUUAAGGGGCAGCAUGGAUGUCUUCUACCUUAUGUUCUUGAAUUUGGAGCGUGUUUCUUAGGCUUACCUUGUAGCAGGUAUCCUAGACAGUCACUGUGUUGUUUCCCUGCAAGAACUGCAAUAAUGCCUGUUUAGACUC